GCGCGCACUUUAGCAUCUUGGCACGCCACCCUCCCCACCACCACACCAGACCAGCCUCCAUUUGGCUGCUCCUGCUUCGGUCACCGCCCCCUGCCGGUCGGUCCUGCGCCAGAGGCAGGGCCUUCCUUGCUUCCUUCCUUCCUACUAAGGCGCUGCUGCUGCUGCUGCUGCUGCCGAGCUCGGAGUGCGAAUCAGCAAAAGCUUCUCGUCCAUUCUUGACUUGCUGCUGCUGCUGCUGGGGCUGCUGUUCUUCUGGUGUGGAGGUUGGGACAUUUGCCGAUCGGACGGGGCGGCAAGAGAUUGGGAAGAGAGCGAAGCAGUGUGAUGGUGUUUUGAUUGGAAGGCCGGAGGGAGGGAGGGAGGGAGGGAGUGUGUGCAAGGUUAGGGCGGUGGAGGAAGGGAACAGUUCUCUUCAUGUGGGGGCGAGGCUGAGGGUUCGUGUCUCGCUCUCUCUUGGGCCUGCUCGGCGUCCGUCUUGACGAGCAAUUCUCAUAUCCCGAGGGUCAGGAUGGUGUCGGCAAGCAAAGAGAUGGCAGUCUACUGCUUUGACACGCUGGUUGCUCACUACACCGGCGAUGUUGCUCCACCUCCCGGUUUUGAAACCGGCACUUUUCCACUUUUUGUCACGUGGAAAAAGAUUCUCAAUGGCGGAGAGCCGCGCCUGCGUGGGUGUAUCGGGACUCUCGAAGCCCGGUGCCUAGUCACAGGAUUUAAAGACUACGCUUUGACAAGCGCCCUUCGUGAUCGUCGCUUCCCUCCCAUUCAGGCAAGAGAGAUCCCGAACCUGGAGUGUACCGUGUCCCUGCUGACGGACUACGAGUCUGCUUCCAGUUACCUCGAUUGGGAGAUUGGGAAACACGGCAUGAUUCUGGAAUUCACUGACGCUAACAACUCCAGGCAUAGCGCUACUUACCUACCUGAGGUGGCAGCCCAGGAAGGGUGGACAAAAGUGGAGACCGUAGAUUCACUAGUUCGUAAGGCUGGGUACAUGGGCCCCAUCACAGAAUCCUUACGUCGCAGGUUCCGAAUCACUCGCUAUCAGAGUUCUCUGUACACCAUGCACUACAGCGAUUACCUUGCUUAUGUGAAGAGGACUCGUGGAGUUGUUCCUGUCCUGAGUGUCAAAUGUUGACUCUGGAAGCUGCAGCUGAUUUCGAUGUUGGGACCGAUCUCUAGACUGUUCAGUUGCACUGCAAGGAAAGACCAGGAAAGACCAAGUAAUCAUCCCUUCGAAGCUUGAUAGCUGUGGAAGGUUCGUUCGUUGGGUUAAUUUCCCAGCUGUAAAGAUUUUUCUCUGUGGGGUUUUGGAUAUGCUCAGCCACCAGUUAUCUGUUCCUGACCACACCUUGAUUAAAGGAAAGCUGGAUUCAGAGUUACUGUGGAAGUCACAUGACUCCCAUGGCAGUAGCAUUUUGUUGCGUUUCAAACAUUCAUUAAGGAGAUUGCCAAUCUGAUUUUUAUGGCACGAAUAAAGAACAUUUUGCUCUGGUAUGUGGCAUACCACAUCCUUCAACAUUUCACCAG